AUGUUUGUGUUUGCUCCAACAGGUCGUAUUUCUCCCCUGGGAAAUUUCACCGGUUUCAAUGAUUCCACCGAAUACUUCUUUGCUCUUUCGCCUAUUCCUGGUCAAACUGGUGCUGGAAUAUUGCAACCAAAUUACAACGCAUUCACAUCCUACGAACUCCAUGCCUUCACCUCCGGCUGUCCAGAAGUCGCAAGUACAAUCGCCUAUCUCAAUACAACGAUUGUGAAUCCUGGUUCUCCUUCACAUGGCCAAUAUGUUACCAAGAUUAAAGAGACUACUUUUUGGCGAUUUUAUGACACCGGAGCAGUCCUCUACUACGACGCCCAAAUCCCCAAUCUCUCCCUCUGGUUUGCAAAAUUCACCGGGGCGGAUAUAUCGAAUGACGCUGUUCAAACUCUAGAUAUUGUGACGAAUCUGUGUCCGCAGAUACAGGCGAAAUGUACGGAAUGUAUAGCGACGCUUUUAGCGAAACCGUUUGGCACUUUUGAUGAGACGUGGGGGGAUAAUAUUGUAUGUAGAUUGGUACAUGUUGUUUUGACACAGGUUAGACCCGAGGUACACUGUCCCCACGUCGGCCCAACAGGCGGUAUGAAAUGCGUUGAUUACGAUUACAACCAAGGGUAUCUCGCAGACGACUUGGCGCUUUUCGGUAGUAACGAUGCUUUUCGAUGUCCUGGAGAGUAG